CAGGAUCCCUCAGUAACACAGCUGACAAAUGCUAGCCAAGGUGGCUUGGAUGAAUUCAAUCCCUUUUCUGAGAGCUCCCAGCUGACAAACGCAGCACGGACGACGCCUGCGACACAGCCCUCUGCCCCCUCACAACCUGCUGUUCUGCAGACGUCUGUGGAGCCCACUCCGCAGGCUGUGGCUGCAGCAGCACAGGCUGGGCUCCUUCAGCAGCAGGCAGAGUUAGAGAGGAAGGCAGCUGAGCUGGAGAAGAAGGAAAGGGAAUUGCAAAGUAACGCAGCUGACUUUAAUCCGAGACAAAACAAUUGGCCACCUCUUCCCAGGAAGUGUCCAAUCAAGCCCUGUUUCUAUCAGGAUUUCUCUGCAGACAUCCCAGCUGACUACCAGCGAAUAUGCAAGAUGCUAUAUUACUUGUGGAUGUUGCACUCAGUUACCCUGCUCCUAAACCUACUUGCUUGCUUGGCCUGGUUCACAGUCCAGACAGAGAGAGGAGUAGACUUUGGUCUCUCAAUCCUGUGGUUUAUUUUAUUCACCCCUUGUGCCUUCCUUUGUUGGUACCGGCCAAUUUACAAGGCUUUCAGGUCUGACAGCUCCUUCAGCUUCUUCAUCUUCUUUUUUGUUGACUGUCUGCCUUGUCUUAAAAUGGAGCCUUCUCUGAUGGAGGUUGUGCGUGCAGCGUGGAGUGGAUGGAUUGCAGCUCUGUCCCAGCUGCAUGGAAACCUGGCUGUGGCUGUUAUCAUGAUGGUGGUGGCAGGAUUCUUCACGCUGUGCGCAGUUCUCUCGCUCUUCCUCCUGAAGCAGGUGCAUUCUCUGUAUCGGCGCACAGGAGCCAGUUUCCAAAGGGCCCAGGAAGAGUUUUCCCAAGGCAUCCUCACCAACAGGGGCUUCCAGAACGCAGCAGCUGGGGCGGCCUCCUCUGCUGCACAGAGCGCUUUCCGGGGAAACUAGCCCUUCGUGUGGGGGUCUCCACCUUGCUUCCUCUUGCAUCGUGACCCCAACCUUCCUUUUCUAAAGAUGCACUUUCUGUGGGUACCACAUUAGCUCUGUGAUGCCGACUCCAGAUGAGAAGAGGUCUUUUUUUUUUUUUUUUUUUAAAAAAAGCUUCAGCUGGCCUACAUUUAUGAUGGUUAGUUUUUCCUUUCUUGUUUUAGGGUAUGGGGAGAUAGAGGAGAUACUCUCUAAAGCAAAUAUAUUUCUCCUUAUCCAGGACACGUUGAGUGUUUGUCUCACUUCCUCUCCUUGCCCUGUUUGCAGCAGAAAGGUGAAAGGAAGCGGAUUUUUGAUUUUACUUAGUUUUCUCUUCUAAUGACCUUUGCUAAGAAGAAUUUGAUUAUCUGCUGCUUUGGGGGUUUUGUAACUUGCAUGUAGUUUACAUUGUUAAUUUUAAGAGCAGGAACUGCAGUUUCAGUUUAUUGCACUUACGUGAUGCUGCAUUUUUGACCUCUUAACUGCCCGGCUUCUUGAGAGUCUGGGUAACAUGGCACAAAGGAGAACAUGGGAGCAAGCGGGGUUAGAGAGGAGGGGGAACUUCUUUCUCAUUGUUCCCGUGUUGUCGAUCUCCUGUCUGCUUCCACAAGGACCCCACAGAUGAUGGUCUUCUGGAGUCCUGUGGCCUUCCCCGGCGCUCGUUGCCCCCAGGCGUGCAGAGAGAGUGGAUCUGUGGGAGUUCAGUGUUCACCACAGCCUUACACCUGGGGAGGGAGGGAGGGAGGGAGGGAAAUGGGAUUUCCUUUCCUGACCAGCUCUGCUGUUUUGGAGCAGCAGCGCUGAAGAAGCCAGCAGCUUUGGGGGAAACCUGCAGGACCACAUGUGCCCAUCUCACUUAAAAAGCAGAGGAGUCCUUAGGGGGAGAAAGAAGUCAUGGGAAGCAAGCAGAGCCAGCCAAGCUAGUUUGGACAGAAGGUGCUAUAGACCUUAUCCAAUCUGCUCAGAUCUUUCCCCCAGCUCAGAACACUAUUUGAUGCAUGUAACAUUCGUCUCUGCUUCCCUCUCCAAUGAGAGCUUGUGAUCCUAAAGCGUGAAUGAAUUUUUCCCCAGGGAUAACUCCUCCCUGCGCUCCUCCUCCCCCAUCUUUAGCUGGGAAAGAACGGUUUGACGUGUGUUUUACUUGCAAAGCUGUCUGUGCUAAGCCUAUGGCACAUGCUGUGGGCACGUGUUCCAGCGUGUCUGGCGUCAGGCAUGUCCUCUGGAGGUGCUCUCCUAUCUCUCGAGAUGCACAUGGUCUGCAUCAAAACAGACAUUGCAAGAGAUGGGUUGGGGGUGCAGGGGUUCGUGUGCCCUCCUUGGCAAGGGAUGAUGUGGACAGAGCUUCCUCCUGAGCAGUUCAUAUCUGGCUUUCCAGAGGCUAUUUUGAUACCAAGCUGGAGGGAGUUUGUUGGCAUGCCGGUUUUGCGGGUGGCUUUCUUCUGGUUUUACUUACAGAUUUGACUUCUGUGGUGCGGCUUUCUGUCUUUUUUUCCCUCCACUGCUUUUCAUCCCUUCUCCCCCUCCUGUUGGAGGAGGGAUGUUGAAUUUUAUGCUCCUCUUCUCGUUGGGGAAAGUAUGUAUAUAUGUGAGGGGGUGGGAGGGAAGGGCUGACUUCCUUCUAACCCAGGCAGCCUCUCCUUGCAAGGAAAAAGUACAAAUGCUUGCGCACAUCAAAGAAACCCGCAUCUCUGGGAAGUGAUGCGUGCAGUCCCCAAACAGAGGGCGAUUGCACAUGACGUGGCAAUAAAUUCCAAUUUGGACCUGCGACAGGGGCCUUCCUCUCCCAAACUCUUCACUGAGAGCAGAUUGUCCGGAAGCUGCUGGCUUUGCUGCUUCAGCCUAGCAGUCCGUGGUCAUGAGAUGAGGGAAGGCAGCGAUGGAGAGGAAAGCAGGGGAACGGUGCUCCCUCCGCCUCUGCUCCUGGGUCGCAGGGCAGGUCCGGCAAGCGGCUGGCUUGCGGGCCAGGGGGGUUUUCUAUGAAAUUGG